AGAGCAGCUGAUCAUUGCUGACACGUUUAUUGCAUAUCUGCUGGUUGUUGCUUUUUUAUUACAGACUUUCAACUUAUUUAUAAUUUUGGUUAUUUCGCCAGUAGUUGCAAUAAUAGCUAAAUUGUAUAUAAAUAUAGUGAAAUUAACUGUUUACACCUAACAAUAUAUACAUAGUUGUUAUUUGCCUACAACAUGGAACCUGAGCAAGACGAAAACUGGUAUCUGCGCCCACUCUGCGACCCGCGUACAACUAAUGCGCCAAUCAAAGUCGCACCUGCCAAAGUGGCUGUCAAGACCGAAUUGCAAGAAUUGCGGCUCUCGGAGGCAUCACAAAAAAUGACCAUGGAGACGCUGCGUGCAAUACAUGGCCCCGAUUUUCGUCUGAAUGACGCAUCAGUUUACAGCGAUCGCGGUAGUCAUAUGAAAAAAGCUUAUUGGGAAGAUCGUGGUACGUUAGUUGUACAUAGCGUCACCAACUACUCAGCCGACAGUCAAAAGGCAGAAACGCCGGAGGACCGUUUACGUCGUUUCGCUUUACUGAAAUUAGAAAAUUAUGGAUUCGCGCCCUUGCAUUGCGCCGAAGCUUUUGAUCAUUGUAAUAAUGAUACCGAUGCUGCUUUGUUGCUGCUCUAUCGUAAAUAUAUGCGUAUACCAGUUACGCAAUCGGAUGACGAAGCUAAUGAGUUCUUGAAUAAUGAUAUAAGCAAACAAGAACUAUUGGAAAUGCGUAACGACGAAUUAUUAGCCUUAGAAUCUAUUUAUGAUAAAGCUUUUGAGGAGAAGGAGAAAAAUACAGUUUGGAGUUUGAAAUUCAAAAUCGAUCAUUUAAUGAUACACAGUCCGUCAGAGCGACGAAAACGCUCUGGCAUAACUGACAAAGCAACAAAACAAAAAGCGAAACAAACUGUAAAUGGCAAAGCGCGCUGUCGUAAUUAUGACCAAAAUGGCACCUGUCGGUUCGGCAACAAAUGCCGCUUUGCGCAUGUAGCGCCCAUUGUGGAGGAAGGAGAGGGACAGCAGAAAAAGAACGAACAUUUCUUAGAUGGCAACGAAGAGGAUUGGUUCUUUCUUGAAAUACGGUUUCCACCCGAUACCAAAUACCCUUAUGAAGCACCGUUUAUCUACCUCAAAACAACAUGCCACGAUCUACCGCGCGAUAUACUGUUACUUGUAGCGCGUCGUUUAUAUUGCGAGGCGCGCAGCAUUUGCGCCGAUGGCAUGGGUUGUGUCUACAGCAUUUGCGAGGCGAUACAAAGCGAAGAGGCCUACACACAAUUGCCAAAAGGUGAUGCCUAUCCAUUUCCUUCAGAUGCCAAAUCACUUUUCGCCAAUGAUGGCGACGUCGAAGCCACAAUAAAUGGUGGUGAGCCCGAAGUACUGCCUACGCACUAUGAACGUGGUCAGACGUCACAUGCCGAACAACAGCGUUCCACCAAACAAACCGAAAAUGAAGAUCGUGUGCUGCUGCGUAAAUUUCUGCAGCGACAGGAAGACGAAAGAUAUCGUAAAAUGAUGUUGGGACGUCGUAAUUUGCCUGCUUUCGAGAAAAUGCUUGAAAUACUGGAUUUAAUCGAAAAAUCACAGGUCAUUGUGAUAUCCGGCGAGACCGGUUGUGGCAAGUCCACACAAGUACCGCAAUUCAUACUCGACAAUUGGCUAUUCCAAGCAUCCAGACUCAAAGAUUCCAACAAAAUACCACACGUCGAAGUAGUGUGCACACAGCCACGACGUCUGUCCGCCAUCGGUGUGGCUGAGCGUGUAGCUGACGAGCGCACCGAACGUGUGGGUCAAACGGUGGGCUAUCAAAUACGUCUGGAAAAUAAAGUUUCAUCGACCACACGUCUAACCUUCUGCACCACCGGUAUACUUUUACGACGUCUCACAGCCGAUCCAAUGCUAAGUACCGUUUCGCAUGUCAUUGUCGACGAAGUGCACGAAAGAAGUGAAGAAUCCGAUUUUCUACUCAUGAUACUUAAGGAUCUGCUCAAAGAGCGACCCGAACUUAAAGUGAUACUCAUGUCAGCCACUCUGAAUGCCAAAUUAUUUUCGGAAUACUUUGGUGGUGCGCCAGUGUUGGAUAUACCCGGACGCACCUUCCACGUCGAGCAAUUAUUUCUCGAGGACGUGCUGGAAGUAUGUGAUUAUGUAAUGGAAUGUGAUUCACAGUAUUGUCGUAAAAUAACGAAAAAAGAAGAGGAGGAGCUAAUGCGUGAACUGGAAUACUCCGAUGUGAAGUCGGAAGCGGCCGAGCCAGCUAGAAGCAUAAAAGAUGACAAGCUCACCCUGGCGCAGAUGUACGGGCGUUAUAGUGAUUAUUCGAAGAAAACUUGCAAAAGCAUCUACCUCAUGGAACCGAUGAAAAUCAAUCCGGAAUUAGUGGAAUCUGUGCUCAAAUAUAUUGUGGAAGGUGAGCACAAUUGGCCCAAAGAAGGCACAAUAUUAGUAUUUCUACCGGGUCUGCAAGAAAUUCAAACCAUACAUGAAGCGCUCGCCGAUAGCGCACUCUUUGGUAACAGAAGCGGUAACUUCAUUGUCAUACCGUUGCACUCAUCGCUCUCCAGCGAAGAGCAAUCGGCCAUUUUCCGACCAGCCCCCAAAGGUAAACGGAAAAUCGUGCUGAGCACCAACAUUGCGGAGACUUCGCUCACCAUCGACGACUGCGUGUUCGUGGUGGAUUACGGUUUGAUGAAAGAGAAGCGUUUCGAUUCCAAUCGUAACAUGGAAUCACUGGAGUUGGUGUGGGUAUCGCGCGCCAACGCGCUGCAACGCAAAGGACGUGCCGGUCGCGUCAUGCCAGGCGUUUGUAUACAUCUCUUCACCGGCCAUCGUUUCCGCAAUCACUUCCUCUCACAACCCGUACCGGAAAUACACCGUGUACCACUGGAACAGCUGGUGUUGCGCAUUAAAACAUUACCCUGCUUCAGCGCCAAAAAUACGCUAGAAGUGUUGGGCCGCACACUAGAACCGCCCACAGAGGAGAAUAUACUUUCGGCUGUGCGACGUUUGCAGGAUGUUGGCGCUUUGGAUGAGACGCAAGACUUGACGGCAUUGGGUCACCACUUGUCAGCGCUGCCGGUCGAUGUGCGUAUCGGUAAACUCAUGUUAUAUGGCGCCAUCUUCCAGUGUUUGGACAGCGUGCUAACGAUAGCGGCGUGUCUGAGUCACAAAUCGCCCUUUGUUAGUCCGUUUAAUAAACGCGCCGAGGCGGAGAAGCGUAAACGUGAAUUCGCUAUUUGCAAUAGUGAUCACCUAACCAUGUUGUUGGCCUACAAGAAAUGGUUGGAUGUGUCGCGUCGCAACUUCUACGCCAGCCGCAAUUACGCCGAUGAGCACUUUCUGUCUUUGAAAACACUGGAAACCAUUUCCGAGGUGAAAUAUCAGUUCUUGGAACUGCUCGUCUCAAUUGGUUUUGUGCCCAUCAAUAUACCGCGCAAACGCAAGAACGCCAGCGAUAAUAUACUCGAUUUAACUGGUGCCGAUCUAAACAUAAAUGGUGACAACAAUCGUCUGCUAAUUUCGCUGCUGUACGCCGCACUCUAUCCCAACAUUGUAAAGGUGCUCACCCCGGAACGCAGCUACAUCUCGACUGUGGGCGGUGCUAUGGCUAAAAUGCAUACGGCCAAAGAUUUGCGCUUCAAAACACGUCAAGACGGCUAUGUCGCAAUACAUCCGUCAUCGGUGAACGCCAUUGUGGGCAGCUUUCAAUCGCCGUUCCUCAUCUAUCAGGAGAAAGUGAAAACGUCGCGUAUAUUCAUACGUGAGUGCUCUAUGUUGCCACUGGUGCCGUUGGUGUUGUUCGCUGGCAGUGAUUUUAAAAUCGAAUUGCAUGGUGGUGAUUUUGUAUUUCUUCUCGAGGAGGAUUGGAUCAUAUUGAAGGCGCAUACGCAUGAAACGGCCGAGAUGAUACAGUGUUUGCGUUUGGAGCUGUUGAAAUUGUUGGAGGAAAAGAUCAGUGAUCCGUGUCUGAAUUUGCUAAAUCACGAAAAUGGUUUGAAGAUCAUCAAAACCAUUGUACAUCUGAUAACAAAUAAUAACUAAGUGUAAACAUAUGCUUCUCUGUGUGUGUGUGUGUGCGUGUAUGUUUUAGAUAAUCUGAGUGUAUGUGUGUUUGUUAUGAACAAAAUCGUGUGAAAAUUUUUUUUUUUUGAUGCGGCGUAUGCUACAAUUUUGUAAACUUGUAAAACCAACUUUAGUUUUGCAUAUAAUUUUGAAUAAACUAUUUUAAUACGCAAAUGUAAUUUAGCAAAAUUUAAACAGAGAAAUGCAGUGAUUUAUUUAUUAUUAUUUUUUUUACUUAUAAUUAUUAACGAGACAGCAUAAUUUUGAAAUUAAAUUUGAAGUGUGAGGUGUUUCGAAAGCUUAGCAUAUCUUUGGGCGGAUUAGCGCUUGGAAAUCGCCGAUUGUUGUGGUGAAUUCGUUUUAUUUGUGUUUUUUUAUUAAUUUAAAUUCAAAUGAAGAGUUCUUUAAUUUCUUAUAUUAUUUAAAAUAAACAAAAAUAACAAUACUAAUUAAAAAAA